AUGUUUCUCGAGGCCUCAAUGCAAGGAGAAUCGACGGUAUUAGAGAGCUAUCGAGAAAAUAAAGAAGAGACCAAGAAGGCAAUCUUACACGCUUUGGGAAGUCACGGUCACGAUAACCUUCUAGCAGCGCUUUUUGUGGAAAUGAAGAUCGUGGAGGAAGGUUCAAGUCAACGGGUCGCCAAUUGGCUGGAGGAAAAGCUGCUCACGGCUUGGGUUAGUGAUAAAACCAAGAAGCCAAAAGAUGUUUACAGAUCUUUAUGGCCUGAAUGGGCAGAGAAGCUUUUAGAUAGCCCUGUACUGGACACUUGGAUGUCCUUUAUGAUACGUCGUGAAGAGGAUCCAUUUGAAGGCCUAGUGACGGAACUACGCAAUUGCUUCGAAUAUGAAGAUCAUGUGGCAGGUGCGAUUUUGAAGGCGAAGCCCUAUGCAUUAGUCUACCACCCGGACGUUAAGGUGCAGGACAAAUUAAAGGUUAAUUUACUGAACAAACAAAUUAAAGCUUGA